GAAAGUUAACCUUAGUUCCCAGUAUGUUGAAUGCAUGACAAUACAUUUGCUCUUUGAAAAGCAUCUCAGUGGCUCUGGCUAUUUUGGAAUGGCAGGACAAGCUCAACUUUUCAUCAGGCUUUUCAGAAAACAGUGGACCCAGAGCUCAGAAUCUCCCACCCCCAAUUCUGGUUUCUACUGGUUGCUGUUUAUUGAAUUGACUGCCACGGGGCUCCCAACAUGGCCCAGAACAAACGGACUCUAGGACCCAGAAGCUGCAGGCGGGCCAGCUCGGUUGGCGGCUUCCUCGGGACUUUGGCCUAGCGGGGGGUCAGGGAGGUGCUGUCAGAAGCUGCAGGUUCGCGGCCCGCCCUGAACAGUCCCUAAAGACACUCCCGCGAGCUGUGUAGGGCGCGCUGGCGGCUGCGCACGGUGCGCGUGGGCGUGUCCGAGCGGGGCCACGCUGCCCGCCCCACCCCCUGUUUCGGUUGCCCCCAGGCCGGGCUCCUGCGAGCGCCGGGGCCCGCGUGCCCUCAGCGGGCUGUGCUGCGCGCGAGCCGCUCGGGGCUGGGCAUGCUGGGAGCCGCUCUGGAAACCGCCACUGCCGCCGCCGCCGCCACCCGCCGCCACCCGCGGUGCGAGUCCCUGAGGCGCGGAGAUGAAAUUCCCGGCCUCAGUGUUAGCGUCCGUGUUCCUGUUCGUGGCCGAGACAAUGGCCGCGUUUUACCUGAGCAGCACCUACCGCUCUGCCGGGGACCGCAUGUGGCAGGCGCUGACACUGUUCUUCUGCUUGAUGCCCUGCACCCUGGUGCAGUUCACGCUCCUCUUCGUCCACCGCGACCUCAGCCGCGAUCGCCCACUGCUGUUGCUUAUGCACCUGCCCAGCUGGGGCCCCCCUUUCAGGUGUUGUGAAGCCUUUUGCAUCUACUGUCAGUCUGACCAGAAUGAAGAACCUUAUGUGAGCAUCACUAAGAAACGGCAGAUGCCAAAAGAUGGCCUUUCAGAAGAGGUCGAGAAAGAGGUUGGCCAGUCAGAAGGCAAGCUGUUUACCCACCGUUCUGCAUUCUGUCGGGCAUCAGUGAUACAGGCUUUAGGUUCUGCCCCGCAACUGACCCUACAACUGUAUAUAACUGUCUUGGAACAGAACAUUACUACUGGAAGAUGCGUCAUCAUGAUCUUGUCCCUGCUGUCUAUUGUCUACGGUGCCUUACGUUGCAACAUCUUAGCCAUCAAAAUCAAGUAUGAUGAGUACGAGGUCAAAGUCAAACCCCUGGCCUAUGUCUGUAUCUUCCUCUGGAGAAGCUUUGAGAUUGCCACUCGGGUCAUCGUCCUGGUCCUCUUUACCUCUGUCCUGAAGAUCUGGGUGGUGGUGGUCAUACUUGUCAACUUCUUCAGCUUCUUCUUGUACCCCUGGAUCCUUUUCUGGAACAGUGGCUCCCCAUUCCCUGAGAACAUAGAGAAGGCCCUAAGUAGGUUAGGUACCACCAUCGUGCUCGGUUUCCUCACUUUACUCUACGCCGGUAUCAACAUGUUCUGCUGGUCAGCCGUACAGCUGAAAAUCGACAAUCCAGAACUCAUCAGCAAGUCCCAGAAUUGGUACCGGCUGCUGAUUUACUACAUGAUAAGAUUCGUCGAGAAUUCUGUCCUCCUGCUCCUGUGGUAUUUUUUUAAAACUGACAUAUACAUGUAUGUGUGUGCACCGCUGUUGAUUUUGCAGCUGCUCAUUGGGUACUGCACCAGCAUUCUUUUCAUGCUUGUGUUCUAUCAGUUUUUCCACCCUUGCAAAAAGCUCUUUUCUUCUAGUGUUUCUGAAAGCUUUAGCGCAUGUCUCAGGUGUGUCUGUUGGUCCUCCGCGAGGAGAAAAUCCACUGAGCCAGUAGGAAGGAUAGACACAGACUUAAAGGCAUGCACAGAUCAAGGUGCACAGCCUUCUACCAGUAAACUAACUCCCGAGGCUACUGAGAUUUGGACCGCUGUGGACCUGUGCUCCACUUAAUGGAACCUGAGGAUUCUUACAAGGAAUGAAACUUCAUACACGUCACGAGCCCUGCACAGGCACUAAGGCAGGAAGUUAGCUCUUAGCUCUUAGUUCUCUGUGAGCUGCUCCCUUUUAUGAAGCUCUUGGAUUUGAAGCAGCUUUGGGAACACUAGGGAAGCCUACUACCCCACAGUUUGUUUCACACUUGACUCUGUUAUGUUCUCACUGGCCUCACUGGCCAUUUCAUUGAUUGACACAGUUUCCCUGACGUUUCAAGUUGAGCUGGUCCUAUUCAUCAGGUAGAAUGAGGAGAAAUGCUUGUUUUCUAGCUUUCUAGCCUGUUGUCUCAGUAGCCUGAUGCUUUACUACUACUGAAUAUAGAUUUACAUAGAAGUCCCCAUGAUGCAUGGACUAGGUUACUAGGGAUUUUACAACUCUGUUCCAAUUACAAGUUACAGGAGAGCUAUUUAAGUUUGUUUUAUCAGUAUGUUCAUUUUCACCCCAUUAAGACUUUUAUACACAACCAACUGUAGCCACUCUGGCAUGCAAUGUGCAUUUUGCUUCAAACCCUAGAUUUGGGGACUUUAUUUCCUAGGAUCCAUUGGUCCAGUUAUUUAGGAAAGCCAUGUUUCAUUCCACGUGCUGAAGAAAGUAGUGAUGAGGAUGGAUUGGGGCAGUUUGUUAGAACGUCAAAAUGACAGAAGCUUAUACAAAUAUCCAAAUGUUUAAAGAUAGGAAUUGGUUAGAAGGUAGGCUCAAUUCACCUCAUAACUCAGUCUUGUCCUAUAAUUCUGCAAAAUUUCUAGUAGAAUUUUCUAAAAUUAAUAUUUUAAGAAAGAAAAAAAUAAAACUAAUAGUCUUCAUCACUUGUCAGGAAAGUUUUAAACAAGGCUUACCUCAGUUCAUUUGCUGAUGUUUCUAGAAAGCCCUAUUGAAAUCUUCUCCCUGAUGCAAGUGUAUAGGACAGUUUACUUUUCAUGAUUUUAAGAAAAAGAAGUGGUUUCCUCACUACCACCCUUAGUUAGAAAUGUUGACCUUAGAAACUUUCUAAAUUAUAGAAAGUAAUGAAAUGAUCAGAAGUUUUUGUUCCUCAUAAAAUCCAUUUUGACUUGACUUGAGUUCAUUUUACUGAGAUCUUAGUUUUGUCCUCCACACCAUUUCAUCUAAUGAAUAAUUUUUCUCUGAUCUGGAACUAUUUAUUUUAAUUUAAAAUGGUUGGAUAGAAUAUUGUCAAUAGUCUGAUUUAAAGUGCCAGCAACCAGUGCUACGAUUUCUACCACUAAAUGUAGAUAGAUGGUAAAAUGUCUAGAAAGAAGUGACCAUAAAAUCCGCACCAACUUAACAUGAGAAUUGUACCAUAAUUUAGUACAUUUUCAAAGGCAACAUUAUUUGUGAUUCUAUGGGAUAGAAUAGAUAUUUAAUUUUCUGGCCACAUAAAUUCAUAAAACACAUUCAUCUGAUCAUCAUACUCAUAGUUUCUUUUUUAAAACUCUUUUUGGUAUCAAAUUGAUGAGUGAUUUCAUAAACAAAUGGAAAUGCAGUUUGGCAAAUGUUUUACUAUAGAGGUUUCAUAAAAUAAUGACUAUUCUUUGAUGUGUCAUUCACACUAUUAAUCUUU